UAGACAGAUAUGUUUGUUCUAAGAAAAUGAAACUGUGGCUUACAAUUGUGAACAUCAGGUAGACAAUUCCUGUGGCAGCAAGGGGCAAGACUUGACUUUUAGAGAAAGAGAGGACAAGGACAGGAUUUUCCUUUUCCUUUUUUGAGUGAAUCACAUACCGGCGCAUCAAAUAUCAACGCUAGGUAAUGCUACAGAGCCAAGGUCGUCUUCUUUUAUAACUCGUAAUGGCUCUGCCAUACCACAUGCUCAAAGUCUGCGGCGACAUCCUGUUCGCCGCACGGGGAAGCAGCAUCCACUCGUUCAACUUGAACUUGGAACCCCUGGGAACCUGGAAAUAUCCAGUGCAGCAAGCCAGCGGGCCAAGCGCUCCAUCUCAUUCUCAGCAACCCCGAGAGCCGCCCGCUCCGCAGUCAAAACCGCCCAGCAAGCGGAGGAAGCUGGAGGCAGGGCAGGAGCCCGUGAUCAACAGCCAAGACGCAGACGCAGACGCAGAUCAAGAAACCCCCCAGCCCGGGAACCGGAGGCGGAGGCGAAACAAGAGCGGUAGCCAUGAGCCCAGCUACUCGUCCCCUCACGACGUUCCCUUCAUCCACGAGCUCUCGGCAACAACCGACGGCCGUCAUAUUGUCGCCAUCACAGGGUCGGACAAGACCAUCUGGGUUUUUGAGCACGACGGCGCCGGAAACCUGAAGGAGCUGAGCCGAAGAAUGAUGCCCAAGCGGCCGUGUUCCAUCGCCAUCACCCCAAACAACCAGACUAUCCUGUCCGCCGACAAGUUCGGCGAUGUAUACGCGCUCCCCCUUAUCCCUACUCCCGCAGACGAGAAGAAGGAGCAGCACCUGCUGCCGCAACAGCCCCAAGAUGAAAGCAAAGACACCACAGCCGCCACGGCGCAGGCGCAGGCACAGGCACAGGCCCUAUUCAAGCCGCAGGCCAAUGAGUUCACGGUGCACACGAAGCGGAACCUGAUGGCGCUCGAGAACCAGAAGCUCGCGCUGCAGCUCAAGACGGCCGAGGAGAAGCACGCGGCCGCCGCGGCCGCCAACGGCGCCGAGUUCGAGCACACGCUACUCCUCGGCCACGUGUCGAUGCUGACGGCCGUGGUGGUGGCCACGGCGGGGCCGCGCGAGUUCAUCAUCACGGCGGACCGCGACGAGCACAUCCGCUUGUCGCGCGGCCGCCUCGACCAGGCCCACAUCAUCGAGGGCUUCUGCCUCGGCCACGACGACUUCGUCAGCCGCCUGUGCGUGCCGCCGGGCCGCCCCGAGCUGCUGAUCUCGGGCGGCGGCGGCGACCACCUGUUCGUGUGGGACUGGGCAGAUGGCACGCUGCUCUCCAAGGCCAACAUCCUCGAGCACGCACACGACGCCGCGGUGGUGCCGACGACCACUACUACUCCUGGCGAGUCCGACGAAACAGAGACCAAGAAGAUCGCCGUCAGCCGGCUCUAUGCGUGCCAGCUCGUCGAGGAGGACGGCGCCGUCGCCAACUGGGUCUUUGUCGUUUCUGAGCGAGUCCCGGCCGUCUUCUGCUACUCGCUGCACGCCGGCGCCAGCACGCUCCAGCAUCAUCAAACAAUUGCCACUCCCGGCGGCGCGUUUCCGCUGGACGUUGCCGUGCUCUACGGCGCCGCCGACGCACCACUAGCAUUCGCACGCCUCCUUGUUACUCUGGACCCGAACAGCGGUCUUCGGGCCGCUUCUUCGCCAGCAAACCCUCCCCUCGCGGCCGUGCUCGGCUGGGCGCCAGGGUCGGGCUGGAGCAACGUACUGCAGACGCCGCCGGGGCUGAUUACUGCUGCUGCCGCCGCUGGGGGAGACGCCGCCGCGGGCGUGAGCGCAGAGGACCUGCACAAGAUCCUGUACUCGACUGACAGUCUGCGCAAGACGUCGAUGGACUUUGAAUGAAGCGGUCCAUCCCUCUCUACUCUGCCCUGUUCUGUCUGUGUAUAUAAAUAGACAGAUAUCGUAUCCGAUGGAGGCGGAAAGGCACGGCAGUCUAUGCUGAAGCUCUAGCUCGCUGGCUUCCCCAGAACCUACCGCUACUUUCCAUACCUGGUCACCUAGUCAUACAGCAUAAAUGUAGAUCAAGCAAUUGGCUGACAGACACAGUACGGCAA